UUAUGAUGCUUUGCGGCGGAAGCUCCUCCUCCUCUCACUCAUGGCGGCGGCGAGAGAUUUGGGCAAAUAGCAUCGGUGUUUGGAGAAACGAGACAAAAAAAAGAUUUCCCGAUUUGUUUUUAUUUUUAAUUUCGCUUUUGUUAACGUUUUAUAGCGUUUGUCCAAGAGGAUUUCUAGCCAGCAGAAAGACGGGUCUGAGUUCAGAAUGACUAAUGAAGAACCUCUGCCAAAGAAGGUUCGCCUUAGUGAAUCUGACUUGAAGACCCUGACCAGAGAGGAACUUUGUGUAAGGUGGAAGCAGCAUGAAGCAUAUGUCCAACUUCUGGAAGCAAAAUAUGCAGAACUGAACUCGAAUGAUGUGACUGGAUUGAAGGAGUCUGAAGAGAAGCUGAAACAGCAGCAACAAGAAUCUGCAAGAAGAGAAAACAUUCUUGUCAUGAGGCUUGCCACAAAAGAACAGGAAAUGCAAGAGUGUACAACCCAGAUCCAGUAUCUCAAGCAAGUUCAGCAACCCAGUGCUGCCCAACUGAGAUCAUCAAUGGUGGACCCAGCCAUCAACUUAUUUUUCCUAAAAAUGAAGGGAGAACUGGAACAGACUAAAGACAAACUGGAGCAAGCCCAAAAUGAACUGAGUGCCUGGAAAUUUACACCUGAUAGCCAAACAGGGAAAAAGUUGAUGGCGAAAUGUCGGAUGCUCAUUCAGGAGAAUCAGGAGUUGGGGAGACAGCUAUCGCAGGGACGCAUUGCCCAGCUGGAGGCUGAGCUGGCUUUGCAGAAGAAAUACAGUGAGGAGCUUAAAAGCAGUCAAGAUGAGCUGAAUGAUUUUAUUAUUCAGCUGGAUGAAGAAGUGGAGGGCAUGCAGAGCACCAUCUUGGUCCUUCAGCAGCAACUUAAAGAGACUCGUCAGCAGUUGUCUCAACAAGGACAACAGCAGUGCCCGGCUCCUGGCACCAGCAGGACUUCCUCUUCAGAGUCUUCAGGCCCGGCAGAGGCAGCUGGUAAAGACUGCGGGAGAGUGGCAAAUGGACCAAGCAACGGGAAUCCUUCUCCCAGGACAUCGGGCCCGAGCCUUUACAGGGAGGUCAGCAGCACUGAGGAAGAUUUCCCCUCUUCUCCCAGCAAUGAGACAAAACUCUCCAACCACUCAGAAGAGCGCACAAGCAGAGGGGGCAGCAGCGGGUACAUGAACCAGUUAAGUGCAGGUUAUGAGAGUGUAGACUCCCCCACUGGUAGCGAAACGUCUCUCACGCACCAUUCUAAUGACACAGACUCCAACAAUGACCCUCAGGAGGAGAAGUCAGUCAGUGGGAAAGGUAACAGAACUGCGGGGUCACGCCAUGCUCAGAAUGGUUUGGACACAACUGUAAAUGCACAUGGCUCAGUUUUGUAACAUCCUUUACACGCCAGCUUUUUAUAUCUAUAAUAUACGUUGUCAUUACAUGUUUCGGCUGAGGAUACUGUCCAGAAGUGUUGGGACUAUUUUUUUUGGCUUCAUAUGAUACCUCUGCCACAAUUUACAUUUUAAUAAUUGCAUUGCUAAACAAAACCAAUAAAAUGGAUACAUGUAGAUUUGAGUUAUUUUUUUAUGAUUUAACGUAAUAAGAAGCUACAUCUGUUUCUGCAAUACACGUGUUGAUGUUUGUGUAACCAGAACUGGUUCUGAACAGGCCUCCUUGAUUUUACUUCUAAUGUCAUUUAUGAUGCUGGUGAAAUAAACCAUUUUGCUUCUGGUUUAAUACUGUAAGUGCUCAGUACAGUAAUGACACCACAGGUGUGUUUUUAAAAAAUAGCAUUGACCCAUUCAGGACUUCUAGUUUUUGGUGUUGACUUUUUUCUUUUUAUGUUUAGUUUUUUGUUCCCCUUCUAGGUGAAAUGCUGUUCAAAAGUUGUGUAUAGUUUUAAAGUUUCUACAAUAUGUUGUACCAUGUUAAUUGCAUAUUACUCUGACUCCAUGAAUCCCUUUCCUGUACUGACCAAACAUCAAUAAAGACUUUUAAUAUUA